CUUUCCCCCUACCGCUCUUCGUUUCUCCUUGGUUUUGCGCCUCUUUACUUCGUCCAACAUUUCUUACUACACCUACCUUUAUCAUGAAUACUAAAUAUCCUUGACCGCACGACCUGACUGUACACUACACUACAACACGAAUAGUGUAUUGAACCCCAGCUAACCACGUGCGCAUCUCCGCUGUUUCCUAGCGCCCGACUCCAUUGAUCUGACCGCGAACCGCGAACCACCACAAAUCCAAAAGCCUGGGGAAGACGGUCGGGGCGCAGAUUCGCAGCCUAUGACGUUGGGCUACGACUCGAGGGAGCCAUUCAUGGGCGCGUGCUACCUUCCGUUGGGCUUGCGUGCGGAGAGCAAACCGUACACAAACGACCAUCAUCACCAUCAGUUCCGGCCAUCAUCAUCAUCAUCAUCGUCAUCAUCAUUAUCCUUCUUCUUUCUCCUCUCCCUCUCCCUCCUCCUCCUCCUCCUCCUUCUCUUCCUCCUCCUCCCCCCUCUACCUGCGGCUGCUUCUGAUUCAUGGCUGCAUUCGAUCCUCCCUGGCUUUCGCAUAUGUCCGUUCCUCAGCCUCAGCGCAGCGGCGAUGCGCUGAACUCUCACCCAUCCACCCCUUCGAACCAGCCAAAGGGCAUCAUAUACUCGAAUGAUGGCACCGCAAGCAAUCCGAACCCGACCCAUGCCUCCUUCUCGCCCGCUACCCUAAGCUCAACCGCGCCGAGCGCCACCUCCGCCGCGAAGAGGAGGAGUACCAUCCUCGUCCACCAAAAGUCGCCGCUUCUCCUCGCGACACCACCCCAGAUUACACGCGCUUUGGCCUAUAGCCAUCCGUUCCUCCUACCCUUGAAUACGCUUGCCGGUCUGAUAACAUGGACGACGCGCGAUCCCUGGGAAAGCUUCCUAAUGGUUGCGGUCUUCUGGGCUGCCGUUCUAUAUGGUGACAUCAUUGUCCGGGUUGCCGGUCCCGUCGUGCUUGUCCUACUCUUGAUCGGUGGCAUGUACGGCCGGCGCUACAGCCCGCUGAGCAGCAGUGGUUGGACCGAGCCAGGCGUGGCGGCUGGAGACAUGGCGGCGCUCGCUGGGACAGAUGGAAAAGGGAGUGUUAGGGGCAAGAAGGCUCCCAAGAGCAAGAACCUCUCCGUCGACGGGCUCCCGGACAACAAGAAUGGCAAGGCCAAUGGCGGGCUCGGUGGCGGUGUGGGAGCGGGCGCUGGAGGAGGCGGACAACUGAGGAACCAAGGAUCGGUAUCCGAAGUGACAAACACGCGGCACCAGAAGACGUUGGACGAGAUUGUCGAGACACUUAAGGAGUUCACGGCGCGCUGCAACAUUCUGCUGGAACCCAUGCUGGAACUCACGGAUUUCCUCAGCACUCAGCGAACACCUACAUCGGCCACCACAAAACCCGCGCUGACGACACUUUUCAUCCGGAUCCUUCUCUGUACCCCGUUUUGGUUCGCCCUGACGCUUCCACCUUUCCGUCUGAUUACUACACGCAGGGUUAUCUUGAUUUUUGGUACUCUCAUCCUAACUUGGCAUUCUCGCGUUAUGCGGGUAUCUCGCGCCAUUCUAUGGCGUAGCGCCUCCAUUCGCAGGUUUUUGGAAUUGGUUACUGGCUUGCAGUUCGAAAAGCCCGUCAAGGUUUCUCCUGCUGAGAAGAGUGGCGUUGCAUCAUCCGCUGCAUCCACUGCUAGCGGCAGUUCAGCGAACAAGAAGACAUUUGCCAACAUCAAAAGUACAAAGGCGUAUAACGCGCAGGAGUCUGAGCUUACUAAGGCCCUUCGACGUGCCCGCGGCGGACACGACACAGGCGUGCGCUUUACAUUUAUCAUCUAUGAGAACCAGCGUCGGUGGGUCGGUCUGGGAUGGACUACUAGUCUGUUUGCGUAUGAAAGGCCGGCAUGGACCGACGAGCACAACAACGCGGUCCCGCCGCGAGACCAGUUUGAGCUUCCCGAGGUCGAGGACGGUAGUAACAUGCGCUGGCGCUGGGUCGAGGGAUCGAGAUGGCGAGUCGAUGGAGUACCCGACGAGGCUGUUAUGCCUGGAGAAGACGCGGAUGGAAAAGAGUGGGAUUAUGACAGCCCUGGGGGGCGUAUGGGCUGGGUUUACUAUGAUAACAAGUGGCAAAAUGGCCGCCGAGGUCAAGACGGCUGGGGACGCUGGACAAGAAGGAGAAAGUGGUAUCGCGAUGCCGAGCUCGUGGAAGCAGACGAUGCCCUGAUCGAAGAAUUGGCAGAGGAUGCGAUAGUUGACCAACAAGGAAACAACUAUACUGUGAACGGAUCCGCCAACGGCAACUCCAGCGCCGAUUCAGUUACACCAACCGCGACACCGGCGCCCGGACCAGGAAUAGGUGCUCGGGCACAACCGCGAUCGCUGCUCUCCGAUCAACUAGCCGCGUCGGGUGAGAUUGCUUCACCCUCUACCGCCGUCCCUAGAAAGACGUCGAUCAAGCUGAAAAAAUCCACACCCGAAAGCGCGGUCGACAGCUUGGCAAGGAUACAAGCGCAAGAUAUGACGAAAAGCAGAAUGGAUAUGAAGGAUAAACUCCGCAAAGAUAAAGACGCAGAAACAGAAGGAGGAGACGAGGCCGCUUCGGUGGUUUCCACGUCCAGUACUAGUAGGUCCCACAGAUUUUCUAGUGCUUUAUUCGGUAAGUCGCCGACCAGCGGUGCUUCCAGCGCUGUCACCAUCCGGGGUGGUCGUGGUUCUUCCACCGGAGGACAACAAAGACGGAAUUUCAGCGAUAUUACCACUGCCCCCACCACCACCGGCAGCCCAUCAGCAAGUUCCUCCGGUGGCGGCGGCGGUGGCGGUUAUGCAGGUCACGAUGGUCGCGGACAGAGCCCCAGUACCACGCCCUACUCCUCCUCUCACUCUUUAUUCGUCCCAUCAAGUCAGAGUCGCAGUAGCAGCAUCAGUCGAAACACGAUUUUGAAUAACAGUGGUAAUAACAAUUCUUACGCGAGGAGUAGGAGGUCGAGUCACAGCAACGCCGUAAGCAAUAGCAAUACGACAACACCAACGACAGCAACGGCAAGAGGGUCAUCACCAGCGCCGCAAUCCACGCUGAUGGCGGCAAAGACCAACGAGGAGGAUGAGGUGGUGUCGUCGUUUGGGACGCAAACUAGGUUGGCGUUGCAGGAUGCCGGGAAAGAUGCAGGCAGUUGGGGGUUUGGGGAUGAGGUCAGGAUGGGAUUGGAGUGAGGCUAACGGAUGAAGAUAUAUACCUACUGCUAUAUACAUAACGGGAUAACUAAGGAGAUAGAUGGCCUAGGUUAGACUAUUGGAGAUGGGAUACCCAGGAACGGAACGGGACGGGACGGGGAUCGGAUGGGGAGACUGAAUAGUUUGGAUGUUGUACACGUCUUUUUAGGACAGGAACAGAUCGAAUAAAAGAAGAUUGA